GUCUGAGGGGGCAGAUCCAAAAACAGGAAGUGACAGAAAGGACUUCUUCCUCAGAAAUCACAGGAGAAGAGAGAAGCACCGGACGACUGAAGAUGGACAGUGAGGACGCCCUCUGGCUGCAGCUGGAGGACUUCCGGCUGCUGCUCCUCAAAACCAUCGAGCCGUCAAGAAUCACUCCUUAUCUCCGGCAGUGCCAGGUGAUAGGAGCUGAGGAUGAGGAGCAGCUGUUUAACGACCCCUCCCUCGUCAUCAGGAGGAGGAAAGUGGGGGCACUACUGGACAUCCUGCAGAGGACGGGGGUCAAAGGUUACACUGCCUUCCUGGAGAGUCUGGAGCUGGAUUACCCUCAGCUGUACAGCCGGAUCACAGGGAAGGAACCCAACAGGACCUUCAGCAUCCUGAUAGAUACAGCAGGUGAAUCUGGUCUGACUCAGUUCUUGAUGUCUGAGCUGAGUCGCCUCCAGAGGGCGCUGCAGGAGGAGAGGAGGCGCCGGCAACAGGCGUGCUCCGUCGCUAAGGAACAGGAGGUGUGGUCCCAGCAGCAGCAGCUGAGGGACCGGGAGCUCCGGAAGCUGACGGAGAGACUUCAUAAGAUCCGAGAGGAGCGCGAGCGUCUGAGCGAGGAGGUGAAGCAGCUCCGGGACCACAACUACAGCCUGAUGGGGGACAUCAACACGCUGAGCCAGGAGAGGAGCAGCCAGCUGCUGGCCAACAGAGACCUACAGGUCGAGGUGGAGCGUCUGAAACACACCGUGCUGCGCGCUGAGAGUCAGACUCGACUCCUGACACGCAGGACGAUGAGACCGCUGCAGGAGAGCAGGAGUCUGGCUCUGCCCACAGAAACCUUCUUCCACCCCAACAGACAGGAGGAGAAACAGGAGGGCAAGAAGGAGGAGAAACAGGAGGGCAAGAAGGAGGAGAAACAGGAGGGCAAGAAGGAGGAGACGCAGCAGGAGAAACAGCAGGAGAAACAGCAGGAGAAACAGCAGGAGAAACAGCAGGAGACGCAGCAGGAGAAACAGCAGGAGAAACAGCAGGAGAAACAGCAGGAGAAACAGCAGGAGAAGGACAGUCCUCCACAGAUCAACCUCCUCACUUCGGUGCUGAGACUGAGGAGAGACCUCCACAGAGCCGAGGAGCAGAGAGUCAAGAGCGAGGAGGAGAAGGAGGAGCUGGAGCUGAUCUCCGCUCAGCUGAAAGGAGACGCCAGGAUGUACCGACAACGAAACAAACAGACCCUCCGUCAGCUGGAGGAGGUGAUCAGAGAGAGAGAUAAGGCGGUGGCGUCCCGGGCGCAGCAGCAGGAGGAGGCGCGGCUGCUCCUCCAGGAGAAGGAUCAGUGCAGGGAACAGGUCAGGCAGCUCAGCGAGCAAUCUGAUAGGCUGGAGCUGCUGCUGCUGAGGUCACAGGGGGAGGAGUUACAGCUGAGGACACGCCUCCGCAGACUCACCUGCAACACUCACCUGGGGGAGAGGAGCAGUGAGGAGGAGGAGGAGGAGGAGUCCACAGGGAGCGGUGCUAAAGGCAGCAGCGGGACGUCGGGGGAGAACGAGGAGCAGAAACAUAACCCACCUGUAGGGGGCGCCGCUGAGUCCAAGCAGGAGCCCAGCACUGCUGCAUCAUGGGACGAGGAGACCGGUGGCUGUCUCACCUAUAGAAGGCGUCCAAAUUUCAGGAAGCGAGCCGUCAGGUCGAAGCUGGUUGCUAGGGAUUACACUGCCGGUAACCUUGACGACAGCAGCAUCAGUGACAUCACCGACUCUGACUGAAGACCACCAGCCCACUGAAACCAUCACACCAGACCACCAGCCCACUGGGCCCAUCACAGAGGACUACCAGCCCACUGGGCCCAUCACACCGGACCACCAGCCCACUGGGACCAUCACACAGGACCGCCAGCCCACUGGGACCAUCACACAGGACCACCAGCCCACUGGGACCAUCACACAGGACCACCAGCCCACUGGGACCAUCACACAGGACCACCAGCCCACUGGGACCAUCACACAGGACUACCAGCCCACUGGGACCAUCACACAGGACUACCAGCCCACUGGGACCAUCACACCGGACCACUGGGACCAUCACACCGGACCACCAGCCCACUGGGACCAUCACACAGGACCACCAGCCCACUGGGACCAUCACACAGGACCACAAGCCCACUGGGACCAUCACACAGGACCACCAGCGUGGAUAGCUUAACUUGUCAUGUGUGUGUGCCUUCGUGCACUUUUAGAAUCUUUCUGACAGAUGCUUCCUGUCCAAACCCUCGUAGCAUUUGUCUCCGCGUGUUGUGAGCGAGGGAACGAAGACAGUAUCGGGAGAAGCCUCGUUGAUAAGUCUUUACUCACGAGCUUGCUGGGAUACAGAUCAGUCGGGGUGGUCCGGUCGGAGGUGUUUGUUUACCCUUCAUACUGUUCUUUUAUCAGAUGGUAUAAAUCGUUUUUAUAUCUUACUCUUAGUUCUGUUUUAUUUUCUAUUUUGAGAAAUAUAUAUUUGAUGUUUGUUUAUGUUCUGCUUAUGUUUCCAUCUAUGUGUGACGCCUUGUUUUAACAUGCUUCUGCAUCAAACAAUAAAAAGCAUAUCUUAUCUCAUCUGAAAAAGAUAUGAUGGUAUUGCC